ACACAGCUCCGUAAAUACAUACUUCUGUAGGAGCAGGAGUUCAAUUUAUUGCUAUCUUCCCUAUUUUCCGCCCUACCAAAAUCACAUCACAUCGCCUUCUUCCCAAUUUUCCAACUCAUUUUGGGAAUUUUCAUCCUUGAUGUUGAAUUAUUAAUUUUCAAAAUCAGAAUUAGGGUUCAUUUGUUGUAAUUUUACAAAAUUAAGCAUGGCUUUAGAUUUUGAAUCAUUAACAGAGGCAACAUCUGGAGCCAUUGGUGCUCUAGUUAGCACCACCGUAUUGUACCCUUUAGAUACUUGUAAAACCAAGUAUCAAGCCGAAGCUCGUUCUCAUCAUCAACAAAGAUACAGAAACCUUUCAGAUGUUUUAUGGGAAGCCAUCCGAAAUGGUCAAGUUCUGUCAUUAUAUCAAGGUUUGGGUACGAAGAACUUGCAAUCUAUCAUACAACAAUUUGUUUAUUUUUAUGGAUAUAGCUUUUUAAAGCGGCUAUACCUGAAGAGAAAUAACUUUAAGUCAAUGGGCACGACGUCAAAUUUGAUUGUUGCUGCUGCCGCAGGGGCUUGCACCGUCAUCAUUACACAACCUUUGGAUACAGCAUCAUCCAAGAUGCAAACGAGUGAGUUUGGAAAGUCAAAAGGGCUCUGGAAGACCCUCUCUGAAGGCAAGUGGAGUAACGCCUUUGAUGGCCUUGGCAUUUCUCUUCUUUUGACUGCAAAUCCAUCUAUCCAGUACACAGUUUUUGAUCAACUCAAGAACAGACUCCUUCAAACAAAUAGCAAAAAGUCGGACUCGUCUCCGCAAGCUCUGUCUGCUUCCACUGCCUUUUUAUUGGGAGCUCUCUCCAAGACUAUUGCCACAUGUUUGACAUAUCCAGCUAUUAGGUGUAAAGUCGUGAUUCAGGCAGCGGAAAUUGAGGAAGAAAAUCUCACAGAAGCACAGAAGAAAGCUCGUAAAACUCUGUCGAAAGUAUUCUUCAACAUCUGGAAAAAUGAAGGAAUACUGGGAUACUUCAAGGGUUUGCAGGCACAAAUUCUGAAGACUGUUUUAAGCUCUGCUUUGUUACUGAUGAUAAAGGAGAAGAUUACAAAGACUACUUGGGUCAUAAUGCUUGCUCUUAAAAGAUACUUAUCCACAACUAAUGCAAGAUUGAAAAGUGCAUAGUUCUGUCAUUCCGAUUCCAAUCAUGAAAUUUUUAACGCGGUGGAACUAUCGUGUAAAUAAAGAAGACUACCUUUGGCCGCCAGCUCAGAAAAAUCAGUCGAAAUGCGACAAGAUAUUGCGGGAUCAUAAGCUAGAGAGUAUCCUACAAGUAUUAAAUUCAAUGAGGUCGGCGUAAAUUCGUUGUUUACUCCUGUAAUACAAGUAUUUGUGGAUGUUCUUAUCAAUAAAAUUGUAUCUGUAUGUGAUUUGUUUGUUAUUCUAAGGUCAAAAUCUAUAGGAAGGAAAUGUAUACAGAACUUGGUACACAUUCUUUUAUUUGGUCCUGUGAAAUGCUUUUACUGCUUUUUGUACCUGUAAUAAAUGUGUUUUUUUUUAUUUGAGUUAUAAUAAAAAUGGUUAUUUGCGUA